AGUCGGUCGCGACAACUGCUGAGUGACGGGUGACGAUUGUGGCCCCACACCAUAUAAUAUACAUAUAUUGCCACACACACACACCCCAUUACGAACUAACGGCGAUCGGUGAUCCGUGGUUGAGAGACUGAGCCAAGCGACAACUUCUUCGGCGCAGCAUUUUGUUAUAAAUUUAAGUUUUUCAUCCUCUGCUUCUGUUGUUUUUAUUUUUGUUAUAUUUUGUUUUUAUUUUCGCUUGCGACCGUAUUUUUUUCGGUGGCUCGGUUUUUUCGAGUUUUUUACGGUCAAGGCUUGAACCUGACCGAUCAAUCGCUUUGUAAACGUUUAAUUUGUGUUAAUAUUUUGUGUCCCGUUGGCAAGCUGAUCACGAAAAAUGAGGUUGGUGUGCAACAAGAAGACCCUUCUAUGGGUUCUGCUGGCAGCUGUCCUGGUCACCGCAUUGACGCUGGGCCUCGUCUUUGGGUUAAAGAGCAGCGGAACGCCCCUCAUCACCGGCGCUGUGGUCUCGAACGGUAUCGGAUGCGCCGCCAUAGGCGGGAACAUGCUGGAGGAGGGCGGCUCGGCCGUGGAUGCGGCCAUCGCCACACUGCUGUGUGAGGGCCUGCUGUUGCCCCACUCGAUGGGCAUCGGAGGGGGCUUCGUGGCGACCAUCUACACAAGAAGUACGCGUCGCGUGGAGACGGUGAUUGCGCGCGAGUCGGCACCGGCGGCGGCCCACAAGGACAUGUUCGUAGGCCAGACGGAGAUUACGGGUGCCCAGGCCGGGGCCGUGCCGGGGGAGAUCCUGGGCUACUGGGAGAUGCACCGCAAGUACGGUCGCCUACCCUGGAAGGCCCUCUUCCAGCCGUCGAUAAAGUUGGCCCGCGAGGGCCACGUCGUGUCUCGCUACCUGGCUGCGGCAAUCCAAUCGAAGCUGAGUCAGAUCCAGGACGAGCCGUCGCUAGCCUCCAUGUUUCUAAAUGAAAACGGGGAAGCCUACGUGGAGGGCGACUACAUGAAGCGCACCACUCUGGCCGACACCCUUGAAAGGAUUGCGGAGAACGGAGCCAGCGAGAUCUACGACGGGGGCGAGACUGGGCGCAAGUUCGUGGAGGACAUCCAGAAGCUGGGGGGCAUCAUCACCGAGCAGGAUCUGAAAGACUACCGCGUGCAGUGGGAUAGCGACGGGCACAUCGCGGCCAACGUGACUGGCGGGUACACCUUAUACACCACGCCCCUGCCCAGCAGCGGCCCCAUUCUGGCCUUCAUCCUCAACGUAAUGGGCGAUCUCUACACGGACGACAAGGGUGUAUACUGGCAGCGCGCCGUGGAGGCCUUCAAGCAUGCCUACGGGCAGCGCACGAACCUGGGCGACUACCUAAGCGACCCCGUCAGCGGGCCCAGCAUCCAGGAGACUCUCGAGAAAAUUCUCAGCCCCGAACUGGUGGCCGAUGUGCGCAAGCUCAUCCAUGACGAUACCACCUCCCAGGACAAUCUGUACUAUGGGGCCAACUUUUCCGUGGAGGCCGACCACGGCACCGCCCACAUGAACGUCCUUGCCACCAACGGCGACGCCGUCUCCAUCACCAGCACCAUCAACAACUACUUCGGCUCCAAGGUCGCCUCCGCACAGACGGGCAUCAUCCUGAACGACGAGAUGGAUGACUUCUCCACGCCGGGUGUGAUCAACAGCUUCGGCGUGCCCGCCUCGCCGGCCAACUAUAUUUACCCCGGCAAGCGUCCAAUGUCCUCGAUGUCUCCCGUCGUCAUUGUGGAUAGCGACGGAAAUGUACGUCUCCUGGUGGGGGCUGCUGGUGGCACCAGGAUCACCACAAGCGUGGCAAUGGUCAUAAUGAAGUACCUAAUUCGCCACGAGACCAUGGAGCAUUCCGUCAACGAUGGCCGCAUUCACCACCAGCUGGUGCCUAUGCGCGUCCACUACGAGAGCGAGGUGGAGAGCGAAAUUGUUGAAUAUCUCGAAAAGGUGGGCCACACCAUGUACCAGGAGCCGGCUGGAUCCAGCUUCGCAGCCGUCACCGCCAUCGGAUCCCUGAAUGAUCCGGAGCCGUUCUUUGACCGCCGCCGCAUCGGUAGUUCCCUAACUCUGAAAAAUCGCAACAAAAUGCAGCACUAGUGGCGUGGUUUAAGCAGCACUCGGUGCUUGUGAUUUCAGUUUUAUUUAUUAAACAUAGUAUUAUUUUUAGUCACAAUUAAGGAGGAGAAAUGCAGAAACUGUAAAUAAUUGUUAAAGAAUAUUUCGAAUAGAGAAUACUGUGGCUUCGAUUUUUUUUUGUGUAAAUAACCGGUUUGAACAGCCGAA